UCCCGCGUUGCGAGUACCGUUAGCUCAAAUUAGCUUCGGAUACAGUUCAUUAUUGUUAUACCGUUUGGCGUUUGAAUCGUAUUCAUACUUUUUAUUGUGAAUAGUUGUUACAGCCAGGAGCUACCAUGGCGAGCCGCGUCUCUUUACACUUGCAGCUCACCUCCAUCAUGGAACCAUUGGCCAUGUCCGCCCUGAAGCAGGUCUGUAAGCUGGUGGAUGAAGACUCUGCGGAGCUCCGUGUGGGAUUGUCUCAGCUCAUGGCGGCUAAUUCAGCCCUGGAAGAGAAAGUCAGCAGUCUGGAGUGCGAGCUGACGACUGUGAGAAGCGAAGCUCCUGUGUUGUGUAAAAGUAUUCGCAGCGUAGGCGUGCAAACUGUCUGCCAUAAGGACGGGGACGCUCAUGUGUCUGGGUCGCCCAUCAUAGAGGGGAUCUUUGGAAAAGAUUGGUGUAUGAAUCUGUGGAAAGACAGAGACCCAUGCAGUCUGGGGGUAGACUCACCAAAGUGCUCUGACUCUGUGGCGACACAAUCCAACCAGAUUACUGUAACUGAAAUCAAAGAGGAGGAUUGUGUGGAGGAAGCCUCCAGCAGCUGCCAGCAGGAAACACUUUGUAAAGAAGAACAUGAAGAAAGCAGAGCAGAGGAACCAGAGUCAGUCGGUAAAUCGGCCCAUGGCAGCACUUGCAGCCUGUCAUUAGAUCAGGAUGGAGAACAGGUUGUGUGUGCAGCGGGUAUGGAAGAACCACUCAUGCAGCUGACAUCCAUCAAUGACACAGAGGAGGCCUUCAGCACUCUUAAUAUUCCAAUUGAAGAGGAGGACGAUAUACCUCUCCCUGAAGAAAUUCAGCAAGAGCUUAUGAAAAACACUAAAGGUGGUCGCAGAAACUCUGAAAACAUCCCUGCUGUGGCUGAUGAGUUACUUAAUGACUUCAAUAUGGUUAGUGUAGAAACCGCCGGAGUUCAAGACAAGGACAUAUUUACGUGCCAAAUAUGUAACAGGACUUUCUUCCACAAGCGCACUCUAACAAUGCACAUGAAGUCCCACAAGUCAAACUUUUGCAAUAUUUGUAAGCAGAAUAUUUCUCGCAAAUACAAGUGCAAGUCGCACAUCUGCAUACCUCCGUUUCAGCCUAACAGAGACGGUAAAUCAUGUGAGUUCUGUGGGAAGACCUUUGCACGCCCAGCAUCUUUGAGGAUUCACAGUCUAGUCCACACUGGAGAGAAACCACACAGGUGCAGUUUUUGUGGAAAAGGGUUCACCCAGAAAUGCAAUCUGAAAUCUCACUUGCGUAUCCAUACUGGAGAUAAACCGUUCCGCUGUAUUACAUGUGGGAGGACAUUCAUACAAAAGGUCCUCCUCAGCCGUCAUUUAAAGGCAAACAAAGAUCAUCACGUCUGAUAGUCUGGACCAGGGGUCACCAACCUUUUUUAGGAUGAGGGCUACUUUUAAAAAAUAAAACAAGUCAGGGGCUACUUUUACUCCUCUUUUCUUUCUUUUUUUGCAGUGUAUAUAUUUAGCACAUUUUAACAUUAUGAUAUGCUGACCUUUGCGUCAAGUGCAAUACAUAUAUAUGCAAGUUGCAGCACACAGAGUAAAGCUCUGCCCCCCAUGUGUUGUAUAGGCUGCAUGAUAGGCUGUUCAAUGGGGCUGAUGUGUAGAUUCUGCCAGAAGGAAAAUCAGCGGGGAGGUGCCACAUUGCUUUUCUUCCCGAUUUAUUCUUAUUAU